UCCGCGAGGUUCAGCAGCACCGAGCACACGCGCCGCCGCCGCAGCAGCAGAGAAGGAGUCCCAGCUAGGGACAGACAGGGUCCAACAACCUCCCUUGUCCGAGCCACGCGCCGCUACCGGAUCCAGACGACGUUAACCUUAGGGAAACCGCCGCUUUUUGUAGUGCACCGCUGCCUUUUAACGUCAGGUAUCAAAGAAGUGCGUUUACCGGGAAGUUUGCUACUCACAGCAGCGUCCAGUGGAGCGUGAAAGCCGGUGUGGAGAGAGGAGCAUCAACCUAAACUUCACUGACUCUCUAAGCUGGGUUCAUGCUAACUUCACCGACCUGUCUGCUCAGACCUGUAUUUGUUUCCCUCUCAUUGGAUCGUGGUUGUUCCACGUUUCUUCCAAGUUUGUAAAGACAAAAGGAGCUUAUUUUAGUGGUUUCCAGUGUACGCAGAGGACAGAGAAGAAAGAAACCAGAAGAGGACAGGAGGAGAAGUGGAUGUAUUUUUAGCCAUGGAUGUAACAAUUUACCCGCCUCCUCCACAGCCUCUGGCCGCGUCCAACCACACCAGACUGGGGCAGCUCUCCUACCCUGACCCGGCCUUUGGGACCAACAAGCUGGAUGGGGACAACAUGUUCCUGGGUAUGCCAGAAGCAGGCCUUGACUUCACCUCAACCAAUCAGUUUCGUGUGCCACAGCCCCCUCCCCCUCUGUGCAAGGUGCCACCGCCAAACCAGCCCUCACAGCACUGGAGGAGGGACACACACAUGACCGACACACACCGUCUGCCUUGGUCAUACUCCGUGGGUGGUAUGGGUGAUGAAGACUACAAUAUCCCACCCAUCACUCCCCCCACCCUGCCAGACCACAUGAUGCCCCCCCAUCUCCCUCACGAUUCCCCCUCUGGAUCGUACCACCCUCUGGACCCUCCCUCCCGCUCAGCUCCACACCACCUCUACCAGCUGCAGGGCAUGGAUCUGCCCGGCAUGCCCGGUGGCCAAGGUGGAGCUGCUAUGUUGAACCAGGAUGGCGGCACGUUCAGCCCAGACGGCGGCCCGAUGACCAGUACGCUGUCUGUGAUGCAGCAGAUGGUGAACUCCGAUUCUCGGUUUACCAGCAGCCAACAGCCAAUUGAAGCAGCUCUUGGACCCAGGAGCCAAUCAGGCAUGAGUCAACAGAGUCAGUUGUCCACUAUCAACCAAUCUCAGCUGGGGCUGAGUGGAAACUCUGUUACCCAUAACUCUCCUUCACCUCCUGAAAGCAAAUCUGCCACACCAUCUCCCUCCAGCUCAGCACACGAGGAUGAGAAUGAUGAUGGACUCAGGCAUGGCACUGGAGCAGAGAAGCGGCCAGCAGCAGUGGACAUCUCCAAGAAACCGAAAACACCAAAGAAGAAGAAGAGGAAGGACCCCAAUGAGCCAGUGAAACCAGUGUCUGCCUACGCCUUGUUCUUCAGGGACACCCAAGCCAACAUCAAGGCCCAGAACCCCAACGCCACCUUCGGGGAGGUGUCAAAGAUCGUGGCCUCCAUGUGGGAUGGUCUGGGAGAGGAACAGAAACAGAUGUACAAGAAGAAGACAGAGACGGCAAAGAAGGAGUAUCUGAAACAACUGGCUGCCUAUAGAGCCAGCCUGGUCUCACAGAGUUACAGUGACCCAUCUGACAUGAAGCUGCCCCACUCCUCCUCCUCAUCUUCCUCUUCCUCCUCUACCUCAAUGUUUACACCCAAACCUUCAAUCUACCCUGGUCACCCAGGCCAGCACCCCCCUUCCAGCUCACUCACCCACCCUCACCCUCUCCCUCACCCUCAGCAUUCAGGCAUGUACAUGCCAUACCCUCACCCGUCCCAUCCCUCCCACGCUUCAAGCCCUGGCCUCGGCCCCCACCUGUCCCCCCCUCACACCCAGAUCCACCCCCAGCUCCAGCCUCUGUCCUCCAGGGGGACCGUGCCGCGGCCCAGCGUCCCCCACCAGGGAGCUCUGUCCCUCGGCAGCGUGGUGGCAGCGUCCACCCCCCCUCUGCAGGUCACCCCUCCUCUCCAUAGCCAGGCACACAUGGGAGGACUGCACAGUCCACACCAUCAGCACCAGCAGCUCAGUGGACAUUCAAUGGGAAUGUCACACUCUCCUGCCAUCACACAGGGCUACCUUCCCUCCCUUCAGUCUGACUACCAGCCAAUAGGAGGAGGUAUGCUUAAUGGUGGAGCAGUGAUGUCAUCAUCAGUGGACUACCACCAGCUUGGCCGACACACACCAAACCACCAUCCCCUCUCUGGACUGGAGCACUGAUUACCAUGGCAACGGAGGUGGUCAAAGAGACAAACCUCUGUAUCUGAGCUAAUCUCAGGACAAACCUCAACCAAGCCCUUGAACUGCCACACCAUAGAGACCUCCAGCCUCACCUCUACAUGAACACAGGCCAGCCGAGUCCAGCAGCCCGGGGACUCAACCAACCAAGAGACCACCAAAACCUGAACCGAGCUCAACACAAACAGAAGCAGGACAGUGAUCAUUUACUGCAGGGGACAUGCUAUGGUUUGAGUUGAAAAUGUGUACACCAGUGAGGACAGGUGGGCAGGUACUGUGUUUUGAACCAUGCUGAUAGAUGUAUAUACUCCAAAAGGGAUAUUCUGUCCAAUUUCCGCUUAGCCCUUAACAGUUCAUCCCUAGUUUCUCAUUUUGUAAAAAUGGUGUUAACCAUCAUUUCCCAAAGGCUCUGAAGAGCAAGUGUAAAUUGCUGUAAGAUAAUUUUGUGAGUUGUCGAUUUAAAACCAAUUGAUUUUUUUUUCUUUGGCCUCAUAAUUGCUGUAUCCUUCUACAACCAAAGCCAGAGGAACACAGCACACAAAUGAAGGGUUAAUUAGCAAACACAACAGAUUUUAACAAAUCGUGUUUCUUCAGUUAAUUGAAUAGAAGCCUUUGGUUUGUUGCAGUAUGGACUGAGGUCCCACACACUGUCUGUAGAGACAAAAAAAUGUAACGUGAUUCUGACAAAGAAGAAGCAGCGCUGAACACACAGAUGAGUGAAUUCACACUGUUUUAUUCAGUUAAAGACAGAUAGGAGAAAGAGGUGGAAAGCACCUGAAGCUGUUUGUGCCUCUUUAACCACGCACUGACUGUGAAUAACGAUUAAACAACUUUCAUUGUUCUCUCACACUGAGGCUCAGAUCUGCAGGGUAGAAAUCCAAUGUAUUUUAGUCCUUGAAAUAAUGAAAUGUCAAACAAUUCUUUGUUAAAAAAAAAAAAAAGAAAGAAACAAAAAUACUCCUUUGUACAAUGACAGCUCCUCCUCCUGGCAUAUGUCUGUUGAUAAUAUUGAUUUGGAUCCAAACUGUGUGUGAGUGUGUGAAGUGUUAAUGAGAGAGAGCGGCUGAUUGGGUUGCAUGGUCUCUUUUUCAUCUCUGUUUCUCUGUGCUGAGAGGCUAUUUAAGAAACUAUAACUGUUGCUGGGUUGGAGAUGUUUUAAUGUUGUUUUUGUAAUCAAUUCAAGUUUUGUUUUAGUGUUAAUGAUGAUGAUGAGAGACAUAUCUCUCGCUCUGUAUCUCUUUGUAUUAAUGUGUUUUUUUGGCAGAUGAAAGAACUCUGGGCAACAACGACCAUGAAGAUUUUUUUAUUUUUAGAUUCUAAUAAUGUGUUUGAGAAUAAAGUCAGUGCUGCACUGAUGUGCAGUCAUUACUCCCAAA